CUGUGGUUUCUGCCUGCCCUGGGGUGGGCCUGCCUCAUAGAGUCCUAGGGCUGGAAGGGACCUCAGCAGGUCAUCAAGUCCAGCCCCUGCCCAAGGCAGGACCAAUCCCUGCGGGGCAGGAUAUCUGUCCUGCGCCACCUGCCCACAAGGCAGGGUCCCUGCACCUGGAGCCUGCUUCCUGCAGCCUUUUUUUUUUUUUUGGGAGGGGGGGGGAGAGGUUGUCUUGUUUGUUAUGCUCCCGCCUUGUGGCACAUCUCCCCAGGGCAGGGUCCCGUCUCAGAAUCCUGGUCUCCCAUACGUGGUCCAGCCUAGCUCUUUGUGCUAAUUACUGCUAACCCAAAGCUUACUAAUCAUGCUGCUUUUCUUUAACCUUCUUGCAGCAGAAGAAAUCCUGGACAUAGCUUCACAUUACCAUGGCCACUACCCCCUCCAGGGAUCAGGCAGGCAGAAUCAGGUACAUAAAGGGGGACCUUUUUACAUGCCCCAAAACGGACUCUUUGGCUCACUGCAUCAGUGAGGACUGUCGCAUGGGCGCAGGGAUAGCUGUCCUAUUUAAGAAAAAGUUUGGUGGCAUACAGGACCUAUUGGAUCAGCAGAAGAAGUCUGGGGAGGUGGCCGUUUUGAAAAGAGAUGACAGAUACAUAUACUACCUGAUUACAAAGAAGAAAUUUUCCCACAAACCAACAUAUGAUAAUAUGCAGAAGAGUUUAGAAGCCAUGAAAAUGCAUUGUUUGAAGAACGGGGUUACUGACAUUUCCAUGCCUAGGAUCGGAUGUGGACUUGACCGUCUGGAAUGGGAUAAGGUUUCAGCAAUACUUGAGGAAGUGUUUGAGGACACGGACAUUAAGCUCACAGUUUAUACUCUCUGAACAGAGAGGCUUUACAGAGAUGAUUGUGUAUUUCCCAUGCUAUUGAUUCAAAUGUUGUGGGAAUUGAUUUAGAGAAAAAGCUGUUCAUGAAGUAGAGCCCAUCUCUUCCUGUUUGGGAAUAAGUCUUGGUUUUUCCCAAUGUCAGGCAGUUACUUCUAGAGAAUGGCUGGUUUUGUACAUAUUGAUCAGAAUUCCAGAAGAGAAGUAUCUGUAAGCCUGCCAGGUUAUAUUUAUCCCUCAGGGAUCCUCUCCUGUGAGUCACAUGGCCAACCACCAGAUGUCACUGUUCCUCCACCCUACCGAAUGCCCUUUUGCCUGUAAAGUCAUCUUUUCUUAGGAUGUUAGUGCAUUUGUGUGGAAAUUUGAGCUAGUUUGACACUUUACAAAAUAUUCCAUAUCUUUGAAAUUAAGAGUUAUAUGUAUCUGUUUAGUGUGUUUCAAAAUAAUGAAGAAAAUUAUUGCAGAGGUCUGCUGUUUAAUUUAAAGCAGUAUAGUGCUCAGAUCAGAAGUGCAGAUUUCCUCUGUUCUUUGAGUUAUUAAAAAUAAAAUGUCUUUUCAAAA